ACUUAACAGUCUUCCUCAUAUGAAAACCAAAACAAUUUGACGUCAAGCUCUUCAAAGCAAGAAUGAAAAUGAAGUUACUAGGAUGGAUGCAGCAUAAGUUACGGCCAACAAAUAUUGAACCUUUCAAGGAUUUCACAAUCGGGAACUAUUAUGCAUGUCUGUCUGCUCAGUCAUCCCUCAAUGAUCAAGACUGUCAUCCAAAAUCAAUAUGUGGCUAUGGGUAUGGUUCAAAACCGGAAAGUGAGACUUCCUUCACAGAAUUUGAAACAAAGGGGGUAGAAGACAACAUUGGAGAUGAAACAUCCGCUGUCAUCUCAGGGCAAUUCCAUGGCUUUCUCACCAUUGGAACUCUAGGCUCCGAACCGAUUAUGAGUGAGCCUGUAACACCGACAUUUGCCACGCCUCUGGAGAACAUAUCUGAAGAAAAAACUGAGGUGACCGAAAAUCAUCUGAAGCUCAUCAAUGAUGAACUGGAGAAGUUCCUUGAAGCAGAAGCUGAAGAGCAUGGUUCCAAUGAAUCAUCAAGAAGGAAUAGUCAGGUUAGCAUGAUUACACUUAGUGGUAAGUCAAUUCAAGCACCGGAUUCUCAAGAUCAUGGGAAGACAAUCACGUGUCCACUCCAAGGAUAUCUGUUUGGAUCUUCGAUUGACCUUGCAGAAACAAGGUUUGACGUGAAGAGGGAAAAGGCAUCACUUGCUGAAUUGUUCCACAGGACGAAAAUCGCAGAAGAGAGUCCUACGGAAAAAUGUGGGAAAGAGGAGAUGAAGAACAAGCAAAACAAUAAACCUGUCAAACAUCUCAUCAAGAAGGUUCUCAAAAAGAUUCAUGCUUAUUCAGGGAGUUCUAUCUUUUCUGCUAAAGAAACAAAUUCUGCUGCAACCAACAAAAAAAUCCAAAAGGUCAUAAAAUUAUUCCGCAGAAAAGUCCACCCUGAAAGUUCCAUUGCUGACAGGGAGUCCAAAAAGUUGAAUGGGAAGAAGAUGAAUAAUGCUCCUUACAGUGAAGAUGAGUGUACUGGUAGAGACCGGAUUCAGCAACAUAAAGACAACAAGUGGUUGCCUCGGGGAUUAAGGUCAAUGGCAGGACCCCAAGAUUAUAAGACCAUCUCAGAACUGCCUAAAUAUGAGCUUGCUGGCUUACAUGCUGCAACUGCAACUGCAAAUGGGGAGCAUUGGAUUAAAACAGAUGCAGACUACUUGGUGUUGGAGCUGUAGUGAAGAAACUGCAACAGAUUCCUAUCAAUAGCUUUCAUCAACCUUAUGGCUUUAUAAAUAUCAACCGAUGUAAUGUGUGUGAUUGAGUGGUGGUGAGCUGAACAGAAAAGGAAGUCCUUUAGGAGGAAUCCAUGUUAUCCUCGGGUUUGUGAAAAUAAAG